AAAUGACAAUCGGUAGCAAGUGUAGUUAACAUUUCGUAAUCGCUACACAUUUAAACGACCAUCUGCGACUCAAGAGCAAUACUAUACUAUUGCGAAGUAACACUGUAUCAGCGAAGAAGCCAGUAAUACGAAUAAUACAAAAUAUCUCGACUUAGCAAUACAAUCAGUACAAAGCACCGCAAUCUAAGUAGCAAUACAAACUCUUCAAGAGAUUCCGAUCAAGCACACCACCAGAAUUACUUCAUGUAAUAAUGACAUCAAGUAUAAUAAACGCACCUGUACUAUUCAAAGUACCAUUCAAAGAUGGAACUCUUGUCGAACCGCAAGUUAUUGAGGAAAAAUCUGAAUAUGUUAGAACAAUCUUAUGGAAAGUUGUAAUAAAUUUCUCGUUAUUACAUCUUGGCGCUCUUUACGGAGUUUAUCUCUCCUUCACAUCUGCCAAAUUUGCGACUGUCCUUUUUGAAAUUUCCAAGUGGCCACCCAUCCAAGUCGUGACCGCAGUGGAUGAUGCUUGACUUCUGCGAAUUGGAUCUCUCGUGAUGAUCUCUGAACAAAUCUGUCAACACUUUAUACUAAUACGUGUAUAUGAUGAAUAGAUUAGGUGAAUAUUGUAUAUCGAAAAGAUGAAAUAUGUAUAAUUAAAGCACAUUAUUUUUAUAAAUCUGGAAUAAUUUUUUUGUUAUUUGUUUAAAUAAGAAUGUAACUAGAAAUAUGUUAAUAUAAUACAAUAAUUAAAUUAAAAA